UCGACAGGCCUGGGGACAGAGAUUCUGAUGGAGGAAACAGAAUGAGGAACCAGAAUUCUGAACUCAUUUUCAGCCCCGUUUCUCAUUUCACCCCGGGCAUUCAUUGGCUAGCUCAUUGUUCUCUUUACUUACGUUGUCUCCAAGGAUGUAGCUGUUAUUAUAGACUGACAUUUCCCAAUCCUCUCCCGGCUUAGAUUCCUCUCAUCCCAACCCUUUCUUUCACCUGCACAUCCUCACUUGCUCUGUGAAACACAGCUCCUGCAACACCCAAGGCCUUGUCUCCCUCUCCCGGCCUCAUGCUUCCCUCUGUGUUCCAGCUCUGCAAGCCCACACCCUCCUCUCUUUCCUAUGUCGAAUCAGCCCCAACAGCCCAAUGCUUCUUCCUCGUGAACCCUUAUCCUCACUGUGGCUUCCUCAGUCCUUCAGUUCAGGGUUUCUCAGGCUUGGAAGGCUUGAAAUAUUGAGCCAGCUAGCAUUUGCGGGGACCGUCCUGUACAUUUUAGGAUGCUCAGCUAUUUCCCAUCUCUACUCUGUUAAGGACCAGUUGGCACCCCCUAGUGGAUAGAACCCAAAAUGCCUCAUGAUGUUGCGGUUGGGGAACCGAAGAGGGAGGGAAUGCUCUCUUGCAUUAUCUCCAUAGAGACAAAACCUUAUUUGAGGCAUUUCACCAGCAUAAGAGAUUCCGGGUCACGGCUCCUCCCUUUAUUCCACACUCUUUUUUAAAAAAAAAGUUUUACAGUUUUCAUCAGGAUAAAACACAGCCUCUAAUGCAGCAUAAAAAGGACACCAUUUGUCUUCUACUUGCCUCCUCCAGCUUUCCACUCCAACGAUGCUGAGUGCCUUUGCAGCCUAAUUAAGGAUGGAUGAAAUUCAUAAGAAGUGGGAACUGUAGCCAGUUGACCUGCCAAAGAGAUUUCUAGACAAAACAGAGGAAACGUGCUAGACUCAAGGAUGAUGGAUCCGUGUUCAGUUGGAGUCCAGCUUCGAACCACACAUGACUGCCAUAAAACCUUCUACACUCGGCACACAGGUUUCAAGACUUUGCAAGAAUUGUCAUCAAAUGACAUGCUUUUGCUUCAGCUUAGGACUGGAAUGACACUUUCUGGGAAUAAUACAAUUUGUUUGCAUCAUGUCAAAAUUUAUAUUGACAGAUUUGAGGAGUUACAGAAGUCCUGUUGUGACCCAUUUAACAUACACAAAAAGCUAGCCAAAAAGAACCUGCAUGUAAUUGACUUAGAUGAUGCCACGUUUCUCAGUGCAAAGUUUGGAAGGCAGCUGGUACCUGGUUGGAAGCUUUGCCCCAAGUGCACCCAGAUCAUCAAUGGGAGUGUGGAUGUUGAUUCAGAUGACCGCCAGAGAAGGAAACCCGAAUCAGAUGGAAGAACUGCUAAGGCGCUGAGGUCGCUGCAGUUCACGAACCCGGGAAAGCAAACUGAAUUUGCUCCAGAAAGCGGGAAAAGGGAGAAAAGGAAGCUGACCAAGAACUCGAGCGCCGGCUCUGACAGACAAAUUAUUCCAGCAAAGAGUAAAGUCUACGACAGCCAGGGUCUGCUAAUUUUCAGUGGCAUGGACCUCUGUGACUGCCUUGAUGAGGACUGCUUGGGAUGCUUCUACGCCUGUCCCACCUGUGGGUCUACCAAAUGUGGAGCUGAAUGCCGCUGUGACCGCAAGUGGCUCUAUGAGCAAAUAGAAAUUGAAGGAGGAGAAAUAAUCCAUAAUAAACAUGCUGGCAAAGCAUGUGGUCUAUUAUCUCCCUGUCACCCAUAUGAUAUUUUACAAAAGUGAUCACCCAAAUAACUGGCCAGCAAAGACGAAAGUGCAGCAAAGAAGUGAGCGGUCACCGUUGUGGAAGUAAAUUCGGAUCAGUCGUAAGUGGAACUGUCGUAAAUAGAAGGCGUCGGUGGUAACAGGAGUAUUGAUACCAUUGCUGUUCUGGGGACAGACGUGCAUCAGAGGAACCUGGUGAUGGAAAGUUACCCAUUUCUCUGAGGAAAGUGGCUCUGCUGAGCAGGAAGAUUGUGCCAGGAAAGUGAUGGUGAAAACUUCACAUUCAUGGCUGUUUAUUGUAAAUAGAUAUUUCACAACAUUGAACGAUCGGAAGGGUUUCUAUUUAAUGUUAACAAAGCAGGCAAUCACUGUUCAGACUAAUUUUGGGCAAUAAAAUAAAACUCCAGUUCUUAAUACAUAAA